CGUCAUUGGAAUAUAAUAGUCUAAGAGGAAUUUCAUAUUUUGUAUUUUGUAUAUUGCCCUCCUUUUCUCUUUCAGUCGAACACAGAUUCAUACAUAAAACUCUUGCAGAUACACCUAAUUUGUCAAAGAAAGUGCUUAAUUUAUGGAUCCGUCAUAUCUGGAUCUAACUGAACCAACAAAACCUAUGAAGCCAACCCAAUGAGGAAAUGAUAAGGAUUUGAGUUACACCAGGCUAUAUCGUUAUGUCUUUGACAAAUUUGAUGAUUUGACAUGUGAUCCAAAGACCCAAUAGUGACAAUGGAAAAUUCAUCAAGAUAUGAGAUUUCAUCGUGUUCCCCUCUGUCAAACAACACGAUCCCUAAGGAAGAGGGAUCUUUGUCCAACAUGCAAAUCUUCUCUCUAGUCAUUUCCUGUGUCAUUUUUGUGCUGGGUGUUAUUGGCAAUGGUCUUGUCAUGUAUGUGACAGGCUUCAAGAUGAAGACUACAGUUAACUCUGUCUGGCUCCAAAAUCUGGCGUUGGCUGAUUUCCUUUUCACACUGUUCCUCAUCUUCUACAUGAUAAGUCUUUCCCUCAAUCAUAGAUGGCCCUUUGGAGCUGUCAUGUGUAAGCUCAACAGUCUAGUCCAAAUAAGCACUAUGUUUACAAGCGUUUUUCUACUCACCGCCAUCAGUUUGGAGCGCUGCUUGGCAACAUGGCUUGUACACUGGACUCGAAACAACUGUACGCCAAAGUGUGCCAGGAUCGUUUGCUUGUCCACAUGGGUAGUUUCACUGACGUGCAGCAUUCCUUUCGUAGAGCCACGCACAGUUGUGGAAAACAAAUGUGUAAGAAAUAAAGAUCCACUGGCCAUGAAGCACAUAGCCAUGUUCCGAUUUGUGAUUGGUUUUCUGAUCCCAUUCCUUGUGAUCACAUGUUGCUAUGUAGCCAUUGCUGUGCGUGUCAGCAGGCUGAAGAUCAUGAAGAAGAGGAAGGUGAAGCCAUUCAGUUUUAUCCUGGCAUUCAUCUUAGCAUUCUUCAUCUGCUGGCUGCCGCUUCACAUCAAUGACUUGAUCAUCAUUGAGCAAGAGUAUGCCUUUAAGUAUAAUCAUAAGCACUAUAACCAAUGUCUGUAUCAGAGGGCUAGAAUGAUAUCUCCAUUUGUGGUCAGCUUGGCCUUCUUCAACAGCUGUGUGAACCCUUUGCUGUACACAUGCAUGUGUGAGGACUUUCGGCACAAACUCAGGCUGUGGAGAAACAAUGUUACAUUCUCUGAAGUGAGACCAAAUAUGGACGAGGGAGAGGAAUUAUUGUGAUUGUGAAUGAUGCUUCCCCUUUGCAUGGGAUAAGUAGCCCCUACUAACUUUCUAAGGUCACAGAUUGGAUAGGAACCAGGCCUAUAUAGGCACCGACAGUGACCUUGAGAAAAUGGAGAUCUAUGUAAAAACUCGCUGGAUUUUUUCCUUUAAUUUUGAAAGCAGAAUUUUGUUCUCUGAUGUAUUUUUGUUUUAUAUGACCUUUUCAAAAUAAAGCUUGAUAACAGAUGAGUUUAGAAUUGGUUUAUAUAGUACCGACAGUACCGACAGUAUUCAGUGACCUUGAGAAAUGAAGAGCUAUGUGAAAACUCGCCAGAUUUUUCCUUUAAUUUUGAAAGCAGCAUUUUGUUCUCUCUCAUGUAAAUUGAUUAUUUUGCAUGACAUUUUGUCUGCAACAGCAUAAACCAAGGGGAAGGGCCUGGAGGGAUGAGACGUUCAGAUGGUAUAAAAAAUAUAUAUUUAAUUAGAAGGUGCUGUCGAACCUGAUAAUGUAAUGUAAUAAAGAAAUGCACUUGAGUCCAUUGAAAAUGUAAUACAACCUGAUAAUGUAAUAAC